AAACAAUAAAGUCUGAUGUUUAUUUGUUGCUAGGCGUCGAAACUGCAGGCAUGUACUUCCGUUUGACUCCGUCUGGAAAGUACUGCAACAUCUAACGUCUAAAGUUACCUCUAUAGUGACGAUGGUGAAGCUUCACAUCAAACGUGGAGAUGAGUCUCAGUUUCUCUAUGAAACAUCCACUGACACAUCAAUCGACAUCCUUCUUAAUGACCUCAUUGUCAUUCAUAAUGGAAGGCUUAAAGUGCAGAGAAUUUGUGCAGAAAUGGAGCAGUUGGCUGAGCAUGGUGUGUCUUUGCCACCCAACAUGCAGGGCCUGACAGAUGAGCAAAUAGAAGAUCUCAAACUACAGGACGAGUGGGGAGAAAAAUGCAUGCCUCAGGGAGGAGCUAAAUUUAAUAAAGACACAAUUGGCUGUCGCAAUGGACAAGCUCCUAAUGCACAGAUGGCAGAGGUCAUUAAAAAGACAGUGAAAGAAGCCAAAGACCUUAUUUCCAAGAAAAAGGUGGAUGCUGAUGUGUUGGUGACGCAAGCAACUGUUAAAGAAGCUUUGGACAUGUUGAGAGGAGCAAUAAUGAUAGUAUACCCAAUGGGUUUACCUCCCCAUGAACCCAUUCGACAAGAGUUUGAAAAUAAUGAGGACCUCUCUGGUAAACAGGCCUCUUUGGAUGUUCUGGAUAAAGAAAUUACUACACUUUGGUGGGCAGGCAAAGAAAUGAUACCAGGAAAGAAACUUGCUGAUUAUGUGGGCAAAAAUGAGAAGACUAAGAUUGUUGCUAAGCUGCAGAAGAAAGGGAUGGGUGCUCCAGCCAGAGAACCUCCCAUCGGCCAAGACGAUCAGAAGCUAAUGAUGGCUCAUUAUUACAAGAAGCAGGAGGAGUGGAAACGAAUGGAGAAAGAAGCAGAAGAUUCCUACUUGGAUUCACCAUGGGCAGAUGGCCAGCAGCUCAAGCGCCAGUUUCAGGGCAUGAAAGACAUCAAAUGGGGACCUAGAUGAAUUCCUUUUAUCCUUCAAAUUAUUAUUUCUCUGUAAUGUAUGUCAUCUGAGAAAGAUUAAGAGAUGAAAAAUGAUAUUUUUCUCCAAAAAAAGGAGCAUUGGAAUUCAUUCAGUGACUGGAUUUCAGUGUGACAUGUCAUUAACUUGGAACAAAGCCAGCAAUGAAACAAUUACUCUUGUAAAUGUUUGGCACAGUCAUCACAGAACAUGAGAAUUUCCUGUUUAGAACUUAACAGGUUUAUGACUGUAAAUUUAUUUCACAUACUGGAUGGUUGAAUCUAUGCAACAUGUGUUCUGGUCAUUUGUAGAUGACAAGAUAAAGAUUCCUGUCAUUAUAUUACAAAAGUGUUGAUGACAUUACAAGGCAUUGCUAUAUUCAGCAGCAUUUAGAAUGAGAGAAAGCAUGUAGUGAUGAUAGAAUGGGGGAGCAUUUGAAGUAUUUCAACAGAGAGAUAUCUGUCUAUGCAUGUGUGUAGGGACUUAGAUGUACACUUUUUUUCAAAGGUUAUUUUUAAAGAGAUGGAAAGUGAUUACUUAGAAAUAAAAUGCAUGAAUGUAAACUAAUAA